CAUCAGCCAAACACAAGCAAAAUGGUCAAGGAGAACGAGCGGUACCUGCCCAAGGCCGUUCGCUCGAUGCGCGACAUUCUCCGCGCGAUGGGUGCCGAGCAGUACGACGAGCGCGUCAUCCAACAGCUACUCGAGUUCAUGCAUCGAUAUGUGGCCUCAGUCAAUGACGAGGCAAAGCGCUACGCAGCGCACGCAAGUCGGGAUCGGAUUAACGUAGACGACGUUCGGUUGGCUGCGUCGACCGUUGUGAGCACUGGGUUUGUCACUCCGCCACCACGCGAGUUCUUAGCAGAGCUCGCUGCACAGCGCAACCAGUUUCAACUUCCGACAAUCAGAGACCACGUACACGGACUCCGAUUACCACCAGAAAAGUACACGCUUUCAAACGUCAAUUACCAGGUCGACCCCACACUCGCCGCACCGCUACCAAGCGCAGAACUGCAAGCCCCACUACCACCAAUUCUCGGCGUUGUCGGUGUCGGCGUUCCUAUGCCAGCAAUUCGAGUAGCAAUGCCAGGCGUUAUGAUGCCAGGUGCGCCUCUCGCAGACGCAAUGGACACGGAGCCAGCAGGCUCUCAAUCCACAGCGCAGUUGGAGGACAGCCUCUCUCGAAAGCGGAAAGCGGAAGAAGAACCCGAGGAGUUUGACGUUUAGUAGCUGCACAGAAAAAAGUUGUUUUCGAAUAAUACAAGUUUUGUUUUUCACU